CAUAAGAAAGAAUACGAACGAACGGUAGGCAGCAUCGACGAUCGAUGGUGAGCUUACAGCAUCGCGGGUGUGCCCGUUUGUCUACACAGGCUCGUGUUUUUCUUUCCUUUUUUAUUCUUCUGAUUCCCAACGGGAGUUCUUUCGUGACAAUGAGAAAUCCGAUCGAUCAUUCUUUUUUAUAUAAGGAAAAAAAAAUACAGGGCAAAAAGGUGGAAAUACAAAAUGCGUCGAACUUGAGUUUUCGAUCGUCGAUACUUUCUCGAUGAUUUUUCUAUGAUCUUAUAAUUUCGAAGGACGUCGAGUUCGAUACGAAAUAUAAGACGAAAUAUAAUCUAUCAUGAUGAGAUUUGCUAUAUUUAUUAUCUCAACACUCGUAUUACAAUCAUCAGCAAUAAUUCAGUCUCCACCACGGAUAUCCAAGCAGCCUCCUACGGAUGAACAACUUUUUCAAGUAGCUCAAGCUAAGGUCAAUAAUAAUGAUAAACCCUUCCUGAUUGAAUGCGAAGCGGAAGGAGAACCUGCACCAAAAUAUCGGUGGGUUAAAAAUGGAAAAAAUUUUGAAUGGCCAGCAUAUGAUGACCGUAUUUCUCAACAACCAGGAAGAGGCACUUUAGUCAUAGCAAGACCUCGUGAUGAAGAUUUAGGACAGUACCAAUGUUUUGCAGAAAACGAAUGGGGAAUAGCUACAUCAAACUCCGUUUUCGUUCGUAAAGCAGAACUUAAUGCAUUUAAAGAUCAAACUCCAAUAAGUUUAAAUGCUUAUGAAGGAGAACCAUUUAAAUUAACCUGCCAACCACCAGAUGGGUGGCCAAAACCAAAUGUAUACUGGCUAAUUCAAGAUACAGCUGGUGCAAUUAAAUCAAUUAAUAAUUCACGCAUGACGUUAGAUCCUGAAGGAAAUCUUUGGUUUAGCAAUGUUACAAGGAAUGACGCCUCUGAUGAUUUCUAUUAUGUGUGCGCAGCAACAUCUGUAUUUCGAAAUGAAUAUAAAUUAGGCAGUAAAGUUUUGUUAAAUGUUAUUUCGAGUGGAGCAUCUUCUAAUCAGAAUAAACAUGAACCUGUUAAGCAGUAUGUUAGUAGAAAAAAUGAAGUUGCUCUACGUGGUAAAAAAAUUGAAUUAUAUUGUAUAUAUGGUGGUACUCCUUUACCACAGACUGUUUGGAGUAAAAAUGGAAAAUUAAUACAAUCAAAUGAUAGAAUUAUACAAGGAAAUUAUGGGAAAUCAUUAAUUAUAAAGCAUGUAAAUUUUGAAGAUGAAGGAACAUACAGUUGUGAAGCAUCUAAUGGUGUUGGAGACGCAAAUUCAUAUUCUAUAAGUUUACAAGUAAUGGCGGUUCCAUAUUUCACAGUAGAACCAGAGAUUAUAAAUGCAGCAGAGGAUGAAACUAUUGAAUUUAGAUGCGAGGCAAGUGGUGUGCCUGAACCAGAAAUCAAAUGGAUUCACAAUGGAAAACCAAUAUCAGAGGCACCAGUUAAUGAUAGAAGAAAAGUUACAGCAAAUUCUAUCAUUAUAGAAAAGUUAAAAAAGAAAGACACAGGAAAUUAUGGGUGCAAUGCCACUAAUUCUUUAGGAUACGUUUACAAAGACGUAUAUGUUAAUGUCUUGGCCUUAGAACCUGAAAUUACUCAACCUCCAAAUGACAAAGCAACAGUAGAAGGUAAAACAGUUCGGAUUACUUGUCGUGUAUUUGGUGCACCAAAACCAAUAGUUAAGUGGGCCAGGAAUGGUCAAGAAUUAACAGGAGGAAGAUACAGAAUUUUGGAUUCAGGUGAUUUAGAAAUAGAAAAUAUAAUAUUCUUAGAUGCAGGUAAUUAUGUCUGUCAUGCAUCUAACAAGUUUGGAGAAGUAGAAGCCUUUGCAAAUCUUGUAGUAAAAGAGCGUACAAGAAUUACAGACGAACCGGAAGAUUAUGAAGUUGCAGCAGGUUCUACUGCCACAUUUAGAUGCAAUGCUGUAACUGAUUCGAGCUUAACUUUAACGAUAGAGUGGUUAAGUAAUGGCGAACCUAUUGAUUUUGAAAUGGAACCACGAUUUGUACGAAGUACAGAUUAUUCGUUAAUGAUUACAAAGACAACAGAAUUAGACUCUGGUACUUACACUUGCGUUGCUCGUACUGAAUUGGAUGAAACAAGAGCACAAGCAACAUUAACAGUUCAAGAUGUACCUAAUGCUCCAAAAUUAAUUGGUGUAAAUUGUAUGUCUGAUAAUGCGGUUGUACAAUGGACUCCUAUGGGUGAUAAUAGAGCACCAAUUCUACGAUAUACUAUUCAGUACAAUACAAGUUUUACACCAGAUACUUGGGAAACAUCAGCAGAUUUUGUACCUGCUACAGAACAAACAUAUGAUGUACCAAUGUCACCUUGGGCUAAUUACACAUUUCGUGUACUUGCAUGGAACAAAAUAGGAAAAUCUUUACCUUCAUCACAUAGUGACGUUUGUACAACUCAGUCAGAUGUUCCUUACCGCAAUCCAGAUAAUGUUAUGGGUAAUGGAACUACACCUCAAAAUCUUGUAAUUUCUUGGACUAUAUUACCACAAAUAGAACACAAUGCUCCAAGAUUUAUGUACAGAGUAUAUUAUAAAAGAGAUAGACCAGAAGAACAAUGGACUAUAGAGGACAUAAACAAUUGGAAACAACACACUCUUACAAUAGAUAACCAACCAACUUAUCAAAAAUAUAAAAUUAAAGUAAUUGCAAUUAAUGAGAAAGGAGAAAGUAAAGCUGAAGUCAAGGAAGUGUAUGGAUAUUCUGGAGAGGAUGUACCACUACAAGCUCCUGGAAACUUUACCUUGAUUCAAGUCAAAUCUAGUACAUCUGCACUACUCUCAUGGAAUGCCGUCCCCGAAGAAUCAGUGAGAGGUGAAUUAAAAGGUUAUAAAAUUCAAACUUGGACAGAAAAAGAAGGUGAAAAAGGAAUGCGUGAAAUUGACAUUAGAGGUGGCAAUAUGACACGCGCUUUAGUUAAUAAAUUCAUUCCGUAUAGUAAAAAUUUUGUCAGGAUUCUUGCUUAUAAUGGAAGAUAUGCAGGACCUCCAUCUGAGACAUUAAGUUUUGAUACACCUGAAGGUGUUCCAGGAACAGUACUUAGUUUUGAAGCUUUUCCUAUGGGCUCUAGUGCACUCUUUCUUGUCUGGUCAAAGCCUGCUGAACCAAAUGGUGUUUUAACUGGAUAUAAAAUUUAUUAUAGGGUAGUAAAUGGAACUAGAUUAGAAACAUUAUUAGAAAGGAAACCACAUAUAUCAGAUCCAGAAGCUACUAGUGCUAAAUUAGCAGCUUUGGCGCCUGAUACAAAAUAUAGAGUCCAUAUUCGAGCUACAACCAAAGUUGGUGAAGGAAAUGAUUAUUUCAUCGAAAAAAGAACACGUACUUCUCAAAGACCAGACGUACCUCAAUUUACAUGGGACACUAUUCCCAAAGAAAAUGGAUAUUCGAAUGUAAGGAUUACGUGGCAACCAAAUUUAAAUGGCAAUCCUGGUAGUCAUUUCUUUGUAAAAUAUAAUUUGAAAGGUGAAACAAUUGCUUCUGAAACGGAUCCCGAAUUUCAAUCGAAUACGAUUGAAGUACGUGGACUUCCAAGUGGUGAAGUCUAUGUUAUGUCUGUAGUUGCUGUUGAUGGAGAUUAUGUUACUGAAAGUGUACCACAAGAAGUAGAAACCAGCAGUGAAGGGCCAAUAAUUCAACCUAAAGAAAACGUUGCAACAGCUGGGUGGUUCAUAGGUAUGAUGUUGGCAAUAGCUUUCCUUCUAUUUGUUCUGAUUAUUGUCUGCAUAAUUAAACGAAAUAGAGGUGGAAAAUAUGCAGUGCAUGAACGUGAAUUAGCUGCUGGACGAGGAGAUUAUCCUGACGAAGGUGGUUUCCAUGAAUAUUCUCAACCUUUAGAUACUAAAUCUGCCGGUGGCCGCGCGUCGUUGGCCUCGUCAUCUCAUCAAGAUGGAAAACAUCCAGAAUCUGACACUGAUUCUAUGGCAGAAUAUGGAGAAGGACCUUUCACAGAAGAUGGAUCAUUUAUUGGGCAAUAUGGUCCAAAAGGCAGACCAGAGGAAACACCGUCCAUUCCAACCGGGACUAUGGCCACGUACGUGUAACCUCUCUAAGAAUCUCAUUCAAACAAGAUAAAAGAUCUUUUCUCAUCAUGGUAAGGAAUACGAAUCCUUACCUGCUGCAGCAAUUUCGCUAUGCACUUUGCGCUGGGCGCAAUGUCCAACACUAUACUGCCAAUUAGAAUUUGUUUUUGGGUUUUAUAGUUUACUUAGAGAAAUUCAUGAAUUUGUGCAUUUAAUAUUUGUAAGAAAAGUUAUGUAUACAUGUGGCUCUUUAAGUUCUUUUUUUACUUUCUUUUUUCAUAUUAAUCUAUAUACUAAGAGAUUAUAAUAAUAUAAAUUUGUUUACAGUUUAAAAAUUGAAAAAAAUGUUAUGACAUAAUUAGAGGUCAUUUGAAAGAAAAUUAAAAAAAUAUAUUAAAUAUAACUACCACAUGUGUAUAUAUUUGAAUAUAUGACGUAUUAAAUGACAAUGCAAGAUGUAAAUUUAUUUUAUUCAUCUCUGGUCAGUUGUAAAACCCAAAGACAAUAGGUGUUUCAUAGCGUGCAAGCUAUUUAUGAAAAUAGAACUGUAGAAACUAAUCUCCAAUAUCUAUGGUAAUAUUUGACAAGGCUAGAUUGAAGGCAGACACUUUAGCUUAUUACAGGGUAUCUAAAAUGUGUUUGCAUUAUUCGGAUUGUGGUGUAUAUGUAUCUAUGAGUGGAAAAUACUUUCAGGAUAGCAUAUACCGUCAAACAUUUUGCCUCACGUUUUAUGUGUUCAAAAAUAAAAAUUUUACAAUCUAUUGAAAUAAUAUACACAAAACAUCUUCAAUGUGAUAAAUUAUAAUCUAGCCUAUAGUAUUUGAAAAAUACUGAUAUAACAACCUACCUAAUGUGAAAAUUAUCUUUCUCAAUAUUAUUAUUAUUAUACAAAAUUAGAUGAAAAUAUUAAAGGACAGCUUAAGAAGCGAUGUCACAAUCUGGCCUCGACUGAAUGUUACUUCUUAAGGAAGUUCUCCCUAAAGAUCUUUAGAUACACAAUCAAUUUUUACUCUGCAGACAGAGGGCCAAAUUUAUUGAAUUAUUAAUUAUCUAUGAUUAUUGUGCACUUGCACAUUGAUUACAGAUACGAGAGCAAAACAAAAAUAUAUAUAUAAAAAAAAAAAACUGUAUCACACAUAUUUAAUAUAAUAUUAACAAAACAUUGUACACACACAUGCACUAUAGUAGUUAGAUAUCACAAGGCCUCUAAUCGUUGCUUUUUGUAUGUGAAACAUGCUCUAGUUAACACUUAGCCAACCAAAUGGGGAGAUCUCUCUACUUUGAAAUAAGUCACUAUAUGACCGGCCGGGGGGAUCUCUUAUUUUUUUCUUAGCAACGCUUUUAUCUUGUUUAUUUUUUUUCAUUAGUCAAUCUUGAACUGAAAUUGUUCUAAAUUCAUCAAAUACCUUUUCUGCUUUUGUAAAACACAAUUUUUAAUAAAAUCUGUUAAAUAAGUUCAGUUAAAGUUAAUGAAAGAAGUUGUAGUUCCCAAUUAAAACUAAAUAAUAUUUUAUAAGGUAUAAAAAAAAUACCGAUACUUAUUAUGUUUAUGAAACUUAUUUCUUUUUUGCAAGAUUUAUUAUAAUCCAAGGAACAUAAUAUAAGAUUAUUAUUUAAUUAAUAUAUAUAGUAUUGAGAAUAUAUAAAGAGACAUUAUAUUAAUAGACAAGAAGACAUAAGAGAUCUGACAAGAGUAAAAAGAAAGAACACAAGGGACAACUAUUAAGUAACACUAUUAUGUUUGAUUAUAGUAUACUGAGUAUUUAAAGAGAAUAAGACAGACUUGUUAUUUUUUUUCAGAGUACAUGUACAAUUAAUUUAGGUUAUUAAAUUAGUAAAUUUCAUACAAUGUGUACAGGUUGUCUGCAAAAGUGUCACAAGCAAAUAUGUUAGGUACAAAGGCAAUGAAAAAAAAGGUACAAAAUGUAAAAUACUUAUAGAAAUGCGAGAUAAUUCAUAAAUAUAUUAUACUCCAAAAUGAUAUAUAUUUCAGCUUAUCAGAAGGAAAGAAAUAUGGUACAAUUUUGUCUGCAACAUAAUAUCAAAGAUUUAUCCGUAUAUUAACCGAAAAGAAAAAAAAAAAAAAGAAAGAAAAGAAA